UCACGAGAAGUGGGGAAAGUGAAAGUGUCCAGCUGUGUUGCAGCAGCUGUGUACGCGUUAAGUCUGCGCACUCGCGGCCUGUGUGCCGCCGUCCCCUGGUCGUGGACAUCCCCUGAGGACGUCCUCUUCUUGUAACCCGACCCACGAGCUAGUGUUACUGAGAAACGGGAGUGGAAGCGGGCACGGUGUCAGAUGUUCUGUGCGUGAUAAAAGGGCUGCGCGACAGAGAGCGCAGAGCAACACGUUGACGCCACUGUUUAACUGGACCCGCUCAAAGCUCGCCGCGGCAGUUUGGUGACUCGCAGUAGGCGACGACCUUAGUUCAUCUAAAGCAUCUAAUGCGCCUCGAACAGGUCUGACCUGUUUCGCAUCGGCCCUCUCUUAGACAUCUCAUCUUGUAGUACGGUGUUGAUCUGUCGGAACUACAAAGGCGAUGUGGACAUGGCGGAGAUCGACCACUUCAUGCCUUUACUCAUGCAACAGGAAGAGGAAGGACUUGUCUCUCCUGUAAUUCCACAUGGCAAUGUUCACUUCAUGUGGAUCAAACACAGCAACCUGUACCUGGUGGUCACCACAAACAAGAACUCCAACGCCUGCCUCGUGUACUCAUUUCUCUUCAAACUUGUCGAGGUGUUCACGGAGUACUUCAAAGAGCUGGAGGAGGAGAGCAUUCAGGAUAAUUUUGUGGUCGUCUACGAGCUGCUGGAUGAGCUGAUGGAUUUCGGCUUCCCCCAGACUACCGACAGCAAGAUCCUACAGGAAUACAUCACUCAGGAAGGGGCCAAGCUCGAGGUGGCAAAGACCAAGGUGCCGACCACCGUCACCAACGCUGUCUCCUGGAGGUCAGAGGGUAUCAAAUACAAGAAGAACGAGGUCUUCAUUGAUGUCAUCGAAUCCAUCAACGUACUGGUGAAUGCCAACGGCAGCGUGAUGAGCAGUGACAUCGUGGGCAGCAUCAAGCUGAAGACCAUGCUGUCUGGGAUGCCCGAACUGCGCCUGGGCCUCAACGAUCGAGUGCUUUUUGCACUCACUGGACGGGACAAGGGGAAGACCGUGGUGAUGGAAGACGUGAAGUUCCACCAGUGUGUCCGUCUUUCACGUUUCGAGAGUGAUCGUACGAUCUCCUUCAUCCCUCCAGACGGGGAGUCCGAACUCAUGUCUUACCGCAUCAAUACUCAUGUGAAGCCUCUGAUAUGGAUCGAAUCAGUCAUAGAGAAAUUCUCUCACAGUAGAGUGGAAAUCAUGGUGAAGGCCAAGGGGCAGUUUAAAAAACAGUCUGUGGCAAAUAAUGUGGAGGUGAGGGUCCCUGUCCCCAGUGACGCUGACUCGCCCAAGUUCAAAACCAGCACAGGCCAUGCCAAAUACGUGCCUGAGAAGAACCUGGUGGUGUGGACCAUCAGGUCUUUCCCCGGAGGUAAAGAGUUUCUAAUGAGAGCUCAUUUCGGGCUGCCCAGUGUGGAAAAUGAUGAGAUGGAGGGCAAACCUCCCAUUACUGUCAAAUUUGAAAUCCCAUACUUCACAGUCUCGGGCAUACAGGUGCGAUAUAUGAAGAUCAUAGAAAAAAGUGGCUACCAGGCUUUGCCCUGGGUCCGCUACAUUACGCAGAGUGGAGAUUAUCAACUGAGGACCAAUGUGUAAAGUGGGGGGGUGAUUACAAUACUGGAUAUUACUCAGUUCCAGGACUUCCAGAUGAGCGUCAAUGAUCACUUUAAAACUGGACUGAAAGAAUGUAAUAGAAAUUUCACUUGCUCUUUGUAGUGUCAGUGAUCUUGUUUUAUGAAUUAUCCGUGUGACUUGAUUUUAAUGCUGUAAUGUGUAUUGUGGGACUAUUGCAAAUUAUUUAAAUGCUUAAUUAAAAUGAUUCCCUUCAAACAA